AUGGCAAAGAAAAUUUCAAAGCAUAGCAGAGCAGCAAGAAGAGGUCUUGUUGAAAAUAUGGAUGAGGCCAAAGACUUAGCUUCACUUCCAAAGGCAGAGUCUGACGACGUCAAAAAAUCAAUCAUCAGAACAACAAUCAAGAAUGAAGGAUUACUCAAUAAGAAAAUGGAAAACCAAAGAAUAAAAAAAAUGAAUAGAAAGAAGACCAAUAGUUUGAAACAUAGGUUGGAAAGAUCUAACAAAGUCGACGGGGUAUUAAGCACUAAAAUCGAGCAAAGUAUUGCUAGAGCCAAAUACGUUCAAAAUUCAAGAAAAUCUGCAUGGGACCAGAUCAACAAGGGUAUUUCCAUCGCUAAUGGUUUGGUGGAGAAUGAAGAACCCUCUGAGAAAUCGGAAGAGCAGAUUGAAAAAGAAAAAGAAGACGCUUAUGUUCAGCAGUUCUUUGAAGGUGAUUCAAAUAAACAAGAGCAAAGUACAGACGACAACACCCCAAGCAAACCUGAUAAUAAAAAUAUGAACAGAUUUGCUCUCUUGGAAGAAUCUGAAGCCUAA